AUGGCCGCUGUUCAAACAAAAGAGGCGCUCUCGCUCGCCGACCUCAAUCUUUUGGCAGCGAACCCACCUCAGUAUCCGGAGAGGCCCGACGAAUACAAGCUAGAACCUCUGGUUCUCUACAUUUCUCGCGUGCCAGGAACACGAGACAUCAUACUCUCCCCAUUCAAGCCUUCCGAGAAGAAUGUCGGCAAGCAAGAUAUUGCCAGCUCUCUCUAUUAUAUCCACCUCGAACACUCGAGCCACGAACUAGUCACCCCGACACCGUUUCGAAAUGCUGAGACUGGCAGCACGAGCGACGGAAGCGCUUCGGUCAUGACCAUCCCUCGCAAGCCUUUGCCCGAUAGCGCACGGCCAGUGACACCGGAGAGUGCAUCUAGCUCCAAGAUGAACCUGGCUGCGCCCGUGCCCGGUGGUCGCCAGCGCGGAGCGUCCCUUUCCUCGUCUUUGGCGACCGGGCCAUAUAUACCUGCAGAUGCCGCAGAUCAGCUGAACCGCCCUCGGAGAAGACCUCUGAGUAUGCAGGUACCUCUGGUUCGCAAGCCCGUUGGUUCGGGUGCCGUGGUACCGUCCAUGGCAGUUUCUGACAGCUCGCCCACUACGACCUCUGGCCACCGAUUUCGAUCCGACAGUGCCGCCAGCGCUUUGAGAGAAGGGCGUGAUGCGCGCCACAGCUACGCUAGUCGAUCGCCAUCGCCCAGAAAAAGAAGCGUUACCUCGGUGUCGCCUGGGGAGCCCUUUGCUCUGACGCUGAUACGAAGAGAUCCUGGUACAGGUACUCAGUGGAACGUUGGCAGAGUCACCUCUCGGCAGCUUGAUCCUCCUGCUCAGGAGGAAGAACAAAUUCCUGGCAUGUUCAGGACAAACAGUCCUCCCGAUGGAGUGUCAACGAGCAGCCCGCCCAUCGAUAUCCAGCUCGAGAACUCGGGCUAUGCCAAGUUCCGGCCCCCGCCAAGGAGGCGCAGCCUCGAGGCCGCUGGGCUGGGAGCACUGGCAUCUAAUGCAACUGACUACGAAACCAAGCCGCCCGAAAUUGGGGUCUUUGCCAGGCAGCUCCAAAUGGGCUAUACCAAAAGUCUCAUGUCGAAUCUCAAGGACAAAUUCCAGAAACUCGAAGAGCAGAUCAACAAGAAGGGCCACAACCGGAGCGAUAGCGAUUCGUCCCAAGAACCGGUCAAAGAGCAGGCGGCACUUGCCUUUGGCCAGCCUGGUCCUGGUAUGAAGCCGCGCGGCUACACAUUCACCAGCCCAUGGAAUGGCAAAUGCGAUUUUCGCACCGGCCAUGCUGGUCGAAGUGUGCGCUGCUACCACACGCCGCACGACCCCCAAAACAUGACGUACAACCAGUUGCUGGAAGAGCAGGGCAUCAACCUGCCCAGGCCGUCGGCCACAGCACUGAGCGAACUGCGCUUCAAUCUUCCCAGCUCAGAACUUCUCGUGAACUCGGAUCACGACGCCACAAACGGCGAGUCGAAGCUGCGUGGCCAUUUUGCAAAGCUUCUCCGACCGACAUCCGGGCCUGAUGCAGACGACGAUGAUCGUGAUGUCGUCUCGCCGUUUGAUAUCAACAUUGGCGGAGAGCGAGCGGGAGGGGGCAACCGUGGCAAUAGGGCCAAGCUUGGUAAGCUAAUCGUCUAUAAUGAGGGCCUGAAGAUGCUUGAUUUGCUCGUCGCUGCCAAUGUUGGCGUGUGGUGGGGAGCCUGGGAACGAAGCUUUUGA